GGGCAGACAAUAGAGUAGAACAGCAGCUUGCAUGAAAGUCAACGUGGAUCCUUCGUCUCCUCCUCCAUUCUCCUUCCUACCAACUCCCCCUUCUCUUUUUCAUUUCAUUUUCUCUAUAAAUGAAUAAAUAAAUUCACUCCUUCGCUUUCACCCACCAAUCCACUAAUACAUAAAAGCGAUCACCAUUUCCAAUUAUCUUAAUCGAAGUUCCAUUGUUAAUUAAUUGGGGGGAAAAGGAUGAUGCUUGUGAACUGUUCCAAUUGCCACACACCCUUACAACUUCCACAGGGAGCAAAGUCCAUACGCUGCGCCAUCUGCCGAGCCGUCACACUAAUCGCUGAUCCUCGCACUGCCCCGCCACCUCCACCUUCAGCCUACAAUAACCACUACUAUCCUCCUCCAGCCCCAGCCCCAGUCCCAGCCCCAGCCCCUGCCCCUGCCCCUGCUCCUUAUAAUUACCACUCGACUACUUCCGGUCAACAUACGUCGUCCCGAAAGAGAGCUGUGAUUGUGGGGAUUUCCUAUAAGAACACGAAGAAUGAACUCAAGGGAUGCAUCAAUGAUGCCAAAUGUAUGAAGUUCUUGCUUACCAAUCGCUUCAACUUUCCACAAGACUCCAUUAUCAUGCUUACUGAAGAAGAGAGAGAUCCAUACAGAAUUCCGACAAAACAUAAUAUAAGAAUGGCAAUGUACUGGCUUGUGCAAGGUUGUCAGGCAGGGGAUUCUUUGGUGUUUCAUUAUUCUGGUCAUGGUUCCCAACAAAGAAAUUACACUGGAGAUGAAGUUGAUGGGUUCGAUGAAACACUUUGUCCCUUGGAUUUUGAAACGCAGGGAAUGAUUGUUGAUGAUGAAAUUAAUGCAACACUUGUUAGGACUCUUCCGCGUGGAGCUAAGCUUCAUGCUAUUAUAGAUGCUUGUCACAGUGGUACUAUGCUUGAUCUACCAUUUCUUUGUAGGAUGGACAGGACUGGACGAUAUGUAUGGGAAGAUCAUCGUCCUCGAUCAGGAGCAUGGAAAGGAACAAGUGGUGGAGAGGUGAUAUCCUUCAGCGGUUGUGAUGAUGAUCAAACCUCGGCUGAUACGGAUAAUUUGUCCAAGGUCACUUCAACUGGUGCGAUGACCUUUUCCUUCAUCCAAGCAAUCGAACACGGACAAGGAACUACAUACGGAGGUAUUCUAAAUGCAAUGAGAUCUUCCAUUCGCAGUUGUGAUAGUGGUUUAGGGGGUGGCAUUGUGACAUCUCUUCUGACAAUGAUGAUUACGGGAGGCAGUGUUGGCAUUGGAAUAAGACAGGAGCCACAGUUGACAGCAAAUGAGCCAUUUGAUGUGUAUACCAAACCAUUUACGUUGUAGCAUCUUAUCAAGCAACACUACCAACUUAAGGUUUUCAACUUUUCAUAUAGCUUUGGGUGUUGAGUUCCUGUUCAGUUACUAAGAAGGCACUUGUAGAGUAUUCAGAUUCUUAUGUUAUUCAAUUUCAUACAAAUUAAUCAUUCAUGUAAAACUGUGAUUGUUGUAAUGGGAAUUACUGGAGUAUAAAUCCAUAUCUAUGCUUUACCAGUUUCACCUU